UGUGUGUCUCAGCCAAACGCGCAAGCCGCGCGCGCGACAGUUGUCUCGAACCGGCAUGGCACUGGCACGGCGGAGGCGCGCGCUCCCGGACCCGCACUCGGACAGGUGCGCGAGACAACAGGAGCUUUGACUUUCCCGUUCUGUAUUUUUCUUCUUUUUUUUUUUUUUUCUUCUUCUUCUUCACUCCUCCUCCGUCUGCGCUGUGGAUUUAUUCCUCUAGACCCGAAGAGAGAGAGAGAGAGUGUGUGUGUGUGUAUACACCGCUUCAUCACGCAGGACCGGUGUCCCUCACGCCGCCGUGUGCGCCGACACUGGAGACUCCUUCCCUAAACCCUCAGUCCUCGGCAGUCAUGACGCCCCUGAUCGCGCUCCUCUGCCUGGUACGGUUGGCGAGCUCUGCGUUCCCAGAGGAACCCGGACCCUUGAACUCCAUCCCUACUGAAGUCGUCAGGAGGUAUCCCGUCUUCCUCGGCCGAGCUCAUAGCUCAUCAGUCAAUCAGGAGCCGUUACACAUCCAGAGAGUCCUGCAGGUCAACCGCACGCUCUACAUCGGGACCAGGGACGACCUCUUUCGUAUGGAGCUGGACAACAUGGGAGGAGACGAGAUGUUUUACAGUAAGAAAAGGACGUGGGAGUCUAACCGGAACGACAUCAAAAUCUGCAGAAUGAAGGGCAAGCAUGAGGACGAGUGUCGUAACUACAUUAAAGUCCUGCUGAGUCGACGAGGCGGUCUCUUCAUCUGCGGCACCAACGCCUUCAACCCACUGUGCGCCAACUACACAGCAGACACUCUGGAGAUGGUGGGUGAGACAGUCAGUGGUAUGGCGCGAUGUCCCUACGACCCCAAACACGCCAACGUGGCUCUGUUCGCAGGUGGAAGCCUCUUCACUGCCACAGUGACUGAUUUCUUGGCGAUCGACGCGGUGAUCUACAGGAGUUUGGGCGACGCUCCGACUCUGCGCACCGUCAAACACGACUCCAAAUGGUUCAGAGAGCCAUACUUUGUCAGCGCUGUGGAGUGGAGAGAACACAUCUACUUCUUCUUCCGUGAGAUGGCCAUGGAGUUCAACUACCUGGAGAAGGUGGUCGUGUCCCGGGUGGCACGUGUGUGUAAGAGUGACGUUGGCGGCUCGCAGCGUGUUUUAGAGAAACAGUGGACGUCUUUCCUGAAGGCUCGACUCAACUGCUCCAUCCCCGGAGACUCGCACUUCUACUUCAACCUGCUGCACUCCACCAGCUCGGUCCUGCAGCUGCAGGGGAGGGACGUGAUCCUCGCCGUGUUCUCCACCCCCACCAACAGUAUCCCCGGCUCGGCGGUGUGUGUGUUUGACAUGGAGCAGCUCUCGGUGGUGUUUGACGGCAGGUUUAAGGAGCAGAAAUCUCCCGAGUCGAUCUGGACGCCAGUGGCAGAUGAGCUCAUCCCUAAACCCAGACCCGGCGGCUGUGCUGGUCAGGGCUCCAGCUUUAACUCGUCCACUUCGUUUCCUGAUGAGAUGCUGAACUUUGUGAAGACGCACCCUCUGAUGGACGAGGCCGUGCCGUCUGUGGGACAGAGACCCUGGAUCAUCAGGACCAUGGUCAGAUAUCAACUCAAUAAGAUGGUGGUGGACACAAACGCCGGUCCCCAUGGCAACCGCACCGUCGUUUUCCUCGGCUCCAACCGCGGCACCAUCCUUAAGUUUCUCGUCCUCCAUGACGGAGACACCGUGGCGUCCAACAGCAACGUCUUUCUGGAGGAGCUGGAGGGAUUCAACCCGGAGAAGUGUGCUACAGAUUCUCCUCAGGCUCGGCAGCUCCUGUCACUCUCUCUGGACUCCGUCAGUCACACACUGCUGCUGGCGUUUCCGUCCUGCGUGAUCCGAGUCCCGGUCGCUCGCUGCCAUCUCUACUCACGCUGCAUGAAGAACUGCAUCGCCUCCAGAGAUCCGUACUGCGGCUGGACUAAAGGCAGCACAUGCUCCUUCCUCCGAGUCGGCACCAGGCUUCCAUUCGAGCAGGACGUGGAUCACGGAAACACCUCGCAUCUGGGCGACUGUGACGGCUUGCUCCAGGAGAUUUACGUGGAGGAACCGGAUGGCCUGGUGUCUGUCAACCUUCUGAUCAUGUGUGCCGUUUCCGCGUUCACCACCGGGGCGGCGCUCUCCGCCCUGAUGAUCUGCUGGCUCAUGACAUUCAAGCAUCGGCGCCGUUCCAGGAGCGGGGCUCCGAGCCAGCCUGGUCGUCACCAUGGUGACAGGGAGCAGUGCGUGCUAGGACAUGGACGUAGCACCUCAGCGAUUAGUGUGACGAGGAUCAGCGGCGUCGAUGCUCAGGUAGAGGACCUGUUCACUAACGGCUGGCCUAAAUCUGUAGAGAUCCAGGAUCCGGGAUUGCCGACUCCAGAGCAAACACCGCUGCAGCAGAAACGACCCACUCCUGAUAUCCACGACCACACCCAUCUCCACCUCCCGGACUCGGAUUGGGAGCAAAGCCAAACGUUUAUCACCCAAACCGGUCCAAAUGCCUCCAUCAUGUACCUGAGCUCCGAUUACUUACACGGCGGUGACGGAGGCCAGCAGGAUGACCCGGGUAUCCCGAACAUCGAAAGGCAGCGCUAUCUCAUCCUUCCUCAUCCUGUGGUACAUAAAGAGCAAAGCAGGCAUCAUCCCACGCGCAAUUCCGCCGGCGACUACCGACCGGGGACCCCUCAAGGCUCGCCCGAGCGCAGGAAGGUGGUGUCCGCUCCAAAUCCGCACUUGGAUUACGGCAAUCCGCCACACUGGAGCCAAAAUGGCGUCAGCAACAACGGCAAACCCAACAGACACCACCAUAACUAUCCGAUACAGCCACGUACGAAUGCGGCGAUGGUACGACCCAGCGUUCUCCACUCCACCAGGGGGCUCGGCGAGCCGCAGGACUACAGCCACGUUCUCGGAAGGAGGAUGGGCAGCGAGAGGGAUUUGAGGAGAGAGAGAGACAGGGAGUAUAUGUCCAAUGGACAGUAAAGAGACAGGGACUGUCUUUUCCAGAGAGCCAUGACUCCCAACACCUGCCCGUAAAAACCGUCUCACUGCCGUCUAUCCAGUCCUACAGUGUUGCUUGAAAGACAGUUGACCGAGUGAGACAGAAUCCGAGCUGAGCACUUGCCUGUUAGCCUCACCCUGCCCCUCCACCCGCAAACCUUUAGCACUUAGCAUGUUAGCAAGGUUUUUUGAAGCCGCAAAGCCGGAAACACUGAGCCACUUUUCAGGAAACCGGAUAUCAGUAUACUGUGAAGUGUUCGCUCGAAUCUGCAGCCAACAGUAGCAAGUCUCUGUUAGAGGACAUUUUUAGUGGACAUUUUUUUCUGCGCUUUUGUUGUUUUUUUGUUUGUUUGUUUUAAUUUUUCGGUAUGGGCAAACGUACAUGUGUGUGAUAUACACAGUGUCCUGAUUCCAGAGGCAAGUCUAAAUCUCAGCUCAAGGACUUUACUUAAAGACGAUCGAGCCGAGGACGGCUAGCGUCCGAGCAGCGCCGGAGCUUCUUGGCAAACACAAAAGCCGAUAUCACGCAGACUCUUUUGCAUUUGUGUUAAAAGCAAUCAAAGGACAAAAAAUGACUUAAAUGUGACUUGUGAUUGCGAUUGUUUUUUAAAUCAAGAGUGUGUGUGUGUGUGUGUGUGUGUGAAUGUGUGAAAGAUGAACGUCCUGAUUUUGACGACUGACAGCACCGACAAGACAGUAUCUCAUAGACCACUUGAAAUGAAAAAUGAUUUAAAAAAACAACAUUGUUAGUUCAUGUGUCUGCACGAUUCAUCAGUAUCAAUCGAAAUAAACAAAAUGCUUGGGGUUUUUUAUAACAAACAAAAAAGUUUUCUGAUGUCAUCACACACAGGUUGGUGGGCGGAAAAAAACGCCCGAAAGAAAAUCGCACGAAAUCAGUUACAAAUAAAAUCAAGUAUUGAAAUUUGCUGUAGCGCUGAUAGAUCAGAAAUUGUCAUGAUUAAAAAAAAAAAAAACAUUAACAUGUUGAAUUAUUUCACACCAGAUAACAGUAAUGACGCUGGCUUCCUAGCCAUAGCUAGCGUAUCGUAGGGAAAGUAGUGUUUUGGCUAAUUGAAACUGAACACCUUGUUUGCUUCUAUGCUAGCUAGCGUUAGUGUAGUGAAACAAAGAGCCGUGUCAGGUUUAAGAGACAAAGAAAACCGUCACUCGACAAAAUCAGGACGUUGGGGAGCGAGAACGUUCUCCAGCAAUCGUGGAACAGAUCACGAUCAGAUAAGGCGCGACGAGAUACCAGCUCCGACCUCUGGGAUGGUUUAGAAGUAAUAACAAUGACAACAAUAAUAACUGUGGGUGGAGUUUGAGUGUGUGUGUGUGUAUAUGUGUGUGUGUGUAAAUCUUUCUGAGGUGUGUUUGCUGCUGGAUACGAACACUGACGGCUUUUGUAAGUGUCUGUCUUUCCGCCUCACUGACCUGGCCUCUCUCUCUUCCUAUCUUUCUCUCUUUCUCUCUAAAUCUGCCUCUUUCUGUCUUUCUGUAAAGUGAAAUGUGAUCUCUCUCUCCUCCUCUCUCUCUUUCUCUCCCGUUCCAUCUUGUCUCUGGGGUGCUACUUCGGGAAGCGUCGCAGAGACACUGAGGCUCUUUGUUGCGGGCCGGACAGACGAGGAGUCGGGCGGUGAGGGAAUAGCAAUGAGCGGCAGAACGAGUCCGUCCCUCAAGGGCUCCGUCCUGGAUCGAGCGAAUUUUUAGCGGGCCAUCAAAGGGAACGGUUGG